GGGGGGAGAAAGCAGAGCAGAGCCCCCGAGCGCCGCGCUGCUGGCGGUGACUGGGCAGUGCUGCGUCGCGGCGCCAGGAGAGCAGAGAGGAGAGCCGCCCCCGCGCACCGCCGCGGCCAGGAUGUACGGGUUCGUGAACUAUGCGCUGGAGCUGUUGGUUGUGCGGACCUUCGGCGAGGAGACAUGGGAGACCAUCAAGAAAGCGGCCGAGGUGAACAUGGACGGUCAGUUUUUACUCCGGGAGAUCUACGAAGACGAAGUGACUUACAAUUUGAUCGGGGCGGCCGUGAGCUUACUGAAAAUUCCCGCCGACAAAAUCCUGGAGCUCUUCGGUAAAAUGUUCUUUGAGUUCUGCCAAGAAUCUGGCUAUGACAAAAUCCUCCAAGUCUUGGGAGCAACCCCUCGGGAUUUCCUACAGAACCUGGACGCCCUGCACGACCACCUGGGCACUCUGUACCCGGGCAUGAAGGCGCCGUCCUUCAGGUGCACCGAGCGUCCAGAGGACGGCGCACUCGUGCUGCACUACUACUCGGACCGACCCGGCCUCGAGCACAUCGUCAUCGGCAUCGUCAAGACCGUGGCCAGCAAGCUGCACAACACCGAGGUGGAGGUGGAGAUCAUCCGGACCAAGGCGGACUGCGACCACGUGCAGCUGCUCAUCACCGAGCAGGCGGACCAGCGCAAGCCGGGCGACGGCAGCCAGCUCACCCAGGAGGUGGAGGAGCUGGGCAGCGGU